GUCCUGGUCUCCGCCAGCUUCUCUCUCAUCUUCCUGCUCGGCACCGUCGGAAACGGUCUAGUUCUGGCGGUUCUGAUCCGCAGCGGCCAGAUGAACACCAAAAGCACCAGCCUGUUCAUCCUGAAUCUGGGGGUGGCGGACCUGAGCUUCAUCGUGCUCUGCGUCCCGUUCCAGGCCUCCAUCUACACUCUGGACCGCUGGAUGUUCGGAGCUGCGCUCUGCAGGCUGGUCCACUUCUUCAUCUUCCUCACCAUGUACGGCAGCAUCUUCACCCUGACGGCGGUGUCCCUGGACAGGUAUCUGGCCAUCUGCUAUCCUCUCCGCUCCAGAGAGCUGAGGACUCCAAAGAACGCCGUCGCCUCCAUCUGCCUGGUUUGGGCCUUGGCCUUGGUGUUUUCUGCUCCGUAUCUCAGCUACUUUGCUCAGAUGGACCUGGCCGGUACCGUGGUCUGUGUUCCUGUCUGGGAGUCCAAACCUCGCCUCAUCAUGGAUGUGUGCACCUUCAUCUUCGGCUACCUCGUCCCCGUCCUGGUGCUCAGCCUCACCUACGCCCGGACCAUCCGCUACCUGUGGACCAGCGUGGACCCGGUGAAGGACAUGUCCGAGUCGAGGCGGGCCAAGAGGAAGGUCACCAAGAUGAUCAUCAUCGUGGCGGCUCUGUUCUGCCUCUGCUGGCUGCCACAUCACCUGGUCAUCCUCUGCAUGUGGUUCGGACGCUUCCCCCUCAACCACACCACCUACGUCCUGCGCAUCCUCUCCCACCUGGUGGCCUACGCCAACUCCUGCCUCAAUCCCAUCGUCUACGCUCUUGUCUCCAAGCACUUCCGCAAAGGCUUCAGGAAGGUGUUCAGCUGCUCGCUGAAGAGGAGGGAGGUCAACAAGGUGCACGUGGUUCAGGCGGUGAACACGGUCAGCAGCGUUGAGACGACCAACUAG